CCAAAUUAAUGGAACAUAGAUUGACGUUCUUGGAAUAUCUUUGUUUGUUUACAACCAAACUGUUUGGUUUUUCUCGGAGCAACAGAGGCCAUUCCAAUAAAUAAUUGUUUGUGCUAUUUGUCAAAAUGGGAUGUGAUGGUGGAACUAUUCCUAAAAGGCAUGAGUUGGUGAAAGGCCCAAAGAAAGUUGAGAAGGUUGACAUAAAUGCAGAGCUUGCUGCUCGGUGGAAGUACUGUGCUCUCAGCACGGAGAAACUCCGGCGCCCUAUUGUUGCUUGUGAUCUGGGAAGACUUUAUAACAAAGAUGCAGUGAUUGAGUACCUUCUGGAUAAAUCUGCAGAUAGACCCAACAGCGAGGUUGUAUCACACCUUCGUGGCAUUAAGGAUGUAAAGGAGCUGAACCUGACUGACAACCCAGCCUGGGAAGGUGAGAGGAGGAACACCAAAGGGGACCGCUACGAGGACAUGCACUGUGCCAUGUUCAUCUGUCCUGUGGUGGGCCUGGAGAUGAAUGGCAAACACAGUGUGGUGACCCAUUCAAAGAAGAAGACCUCGUCGUCCUCAACGGGACCAAGGAGGAGGUGGAGAAACUGAGGAAGAUAAUGGAGGAGAAGAGAGCCAAGGCAACAAAGAAGAGCAAAUUUGCUGAGACUGUUUCCAAGCCAUCACAGUCACAAGAAAAUCCAGACUCCACUGAAACCGUUUUUGCAGAGGGAAAAACUUCAACAGAAAAUGGCGACGACAGCAGCCAGCCAGCAGUCCCUGGGCCCUCUGGUUGGUCCAGCUCCUCCAAGGUGAUCCGGGAGCAAGAGGUCCAUCCAGACCAUGGAAGAGAAGUCGGAGACCUACAAAUCUCUCUUCACCAGCCACAGUUCAGCCAAGCGCACCAAAGACCAGAUAUCCAACUGGGUCACCCACACCCCCUACCACUUCUAAAUGAGCCCACUACGCCUAUAUAUCGCCUCCCAGUGGUCAUGUCAGGCAGCACACACAACCAGGUGCUCCUGUGUAUUUGCAGUGAGAAACAAUUUGAGGUAUCCCUUUAUUCGAAGGGUACCUAAAAAAAAAUAGUAAAAAAUAGUUAUUUAUAACCUAUACUUAAUGCAUUCAUGAGCACAUGAGCGUUUCGUAAAUGCUGAUGUCAACAACGGCAAGUUGAAAUCUGCAGUAUAAGUGCACAUUUCUGUGACACAAAGGGAAUAUCAACUUGCUACUGCUUAUGAUUGUGUUGUAUGUAGGUUAUGAAGCCCUUAUGUUGGUGUCCUUUUAAUAAAUUGUUAACGAAUUUGACAGAGGACUUUUUCUUAUAGGUAUUCAUUGUUUCUUAAAGGUAUUCAUCAAUACAUGUGCUAUAGGUUAGGGUUACUAAUUCUCCUUUUCUUUUUUUCUAUGAAUUGGCUGUAUUUUAUGUUGGUCUUAUCUAGAUAUCCAUCUAGGUUUUUAUAUAGAUGUGGAUUUGGCAAGUCACUAUGAUUCAUCUUUUGAUUAUGGUUUGCUAUGCAAUAUGUUAUACAAAUGUUUUGAAAUUAUAUUACAAGGGCCUAGUUAAUAGAAAGUGGAGAAGUGGAAUAGUGAGUGCUCAUUCAUAACAUCUUAUUGCUUAUGUAAGUGGUCCUCUGUAGCUCAAUUGGUAGAGCAUGGCGCUUGUAACGCCAGAGUAGUGGGUUCGAUCCCCGGGA